AUGAAGGGAAUAUACACUUUAUCGAUUGUAACUAUAAUCUUCUUAAUACUAUUUCUUAGUGUAUUCUUUAGUAUCGGGUAUCCAGAAAUAUUAAAAAAUAACUUUACAAAAACCAUUUGUGAUAUUACAAGAAAAUGGAAUAUUCCAAGUUAUUGUUGCUAUAAGGAAUGUAAUAUUUGCGAAAAUGCACCUUCUAAUGCUAGUAACUGUGGUUCAUUACUUAACAAUUGGAAUUCUAUUGACCCUAUGACAUGUAAUAAUAAUUGUCCUUCAAACGAUGAUAGCUCAUUAUGUAAAGAUGGAUAUAGGUGUUGUGCUGAAACUUGUUAUCAAACAUGUUCAAAUUCUGGAUCAUCCUCUUCAUCUUCGUCAUGCUCAACAAGAUGUGAUUGUGUAUCUUGGGUUUGGGAUGUCAAAUGUAAAAUCAUUUGUCCAUUCUGUUACACAAUAAUCAUCGAAGUGAAAUACAAUACAUCUCAAGGUAUAAAAAUGUCAAACAUUACAAAUUAUUUUGGACAAGAUAAAGAAGCUUCCGAAAAUUACAUGAAUAAAUAUUCACCAAUAACACCAACUCAAUGUUUUUACGAUCCUAAAAAUAUUUCAAAUGCUUUCUUUAAUAUUGAUUAUACCGUAAAAACUUGGGUAAUCGUGGGAAUAACUAUCUUUUUCUUAUUCGUAUGUCUUGUUUCAUUCACAAUAUACCUUUCAUCAAAAUAUAUACCACCUACACAACAUUGGAUAAAUAUCAUUAUAUGUCCAUGGUUCGGUACUGUGAUACCGAUAAUCCUUAUUUCUGUUUCACAUGCUCCAAACGUAAAUACGAAUGCUUUAUACACAAUAUCAUUGAUAUUAAUCAUAAUCUGUUGGGCUAAUGUUCCAAAUAUAGAAUGGGAAAAAAGAAUCAAAAAUAAUCACAAAUCAUUCUUUAUAGUUAUAGGAUCAUUUGUAAUACCUUUGUUAAUAUUUGAACUACCUCCAAUAUAUACUGAAGAUUCUCGUCCAAUAUAUAUCGAAAAUUUAGAAUAUAUUACAGAAGAAUCAGAAUCUAGUAAUAUUAAUUAA